UCCUCCUACUUCCACCCCCCUCCACCCCCCUCCACCCCAUCCUCUCUGCCCCUCAGCAUCCCCGCUCCUCCCGCUGCGGCCAGCUCUAAGAUGCCCCGCUAUGAACUGGCUUUGAUCCUGAAAGCCAUGCAGAGGCCUGAGACUGCAGCUGUGCUGAAGCGCACUGUUGAGGCUCUUAUGGAGAGAGGAGCCAUUGUGAGGAACCUAGAAAACCUGGGAGAAAGGUCUCUACCUUACAAAAUCUCCAAGCACAACGAGCGCCACAGAAGAGGAGGGUAUUUUUUGAUAGACUUAGAGGCCCCACCUUCGAUUGUAUCGACUAUGAUGGAUCAUUUAGGACGUGAUAUUGAUGUAAUUAGACGUGCUUUUAUAAAGUAUCCAGUUUCAAAGACAGAAGAAUGCAGUGGCAUAAUCCCAGUCAACAAUGAAGAUAAACUAAUUGCCAAGAAGAAGUGAAUGUUAGUUUAAAUAACAUGUUUGAAACUUUAUAAAAAUUCUUUUAUUCCUGCUCUGGAAAACAGUUGUGAUAACUAAUGUCCAUCAAAAAUAAUCAGUUUGGGCCAUAUUAUGUAUGUGGUAUAGUACACUAUCUUAAGUUAUUCUAACAUCUGACGUUUCUUUUUUUUUAAAAUAAUUUGAAUAGACUUAGUUUGUGUGCUUACCUUGAUACUUGACAAUUCCAAAAAUUGGUUUUCCUUUCUUUUAGAGUGUUACAUCGAUAAUGAAGAUCUAUUCAUCAACAGAAUGCUAAGAAUAGCAUUCUUUUCCAAAGACAGAUUACUUCAGAAUAUGUAUAUUUACAUAAGAGAUUAAGAAGUCUACACUGUAAAUACAGCAGUAUAGGAUGUGAUUUGUUGGAGGAUUUUUUUUGUUUGCUGUUGGAAAAAGGUAAUAAAAAUGUGAUUAAAAAUAA